AUGAGACAACAGAAGUCAUGGCGGAUAGACGGGAAGAAGAAACACGAUAGGAAUGAGGUCGAGAAGACGGGAGAUUUCACUAUAUUUGUCAUGCUAGAAGCCUUGAAAAGAGCUAGGCAAAUGCAUGGACGUAGAAGGAGAGGAGGGCUUUUGCCAUAUUCUGGGAAUAUCAAAGUUGAGUUGAGCGAAACUGUCUUGGAAAUGGGGAAGGAUUCAGAAAAAUCGUCGAAAAAGCGAAAGAGAUCGGCCGAAGAUGAUUCCGCUGUGAAAGAUAGUGAAGAAUGUAAGACACUGAAUGACAGUCGUCCUGAAACCAAGAAGAUAACCAAGGCAAUGAAAAAGAUAGGAGAGUCCGUUGGAUUGACGUUCAGCGGACAAGACAAGCUUGAAGUUGAAUUUGAAUCUCUCUGGGAAAAUUUUCCAAAGCCAAAACGAAUAAAGAAACUCCCCGACGCGCAGAAAGAAAAAGCUAUGUCAAGGAUAUUCUCUAUUUGCACCAGAUCGUCAGAAUUAUCGUCGAAGCUCCUUCACAGGUUCGGGGACAAACAUUGUGUUGGCGGAGUGGCAGGAUUGGGUAUAGACAUGCCCGACGAGCUUGUUGUCAGGGUAGAGAAGAAGGCGGACAGAAUUCUUGACAACGAGGAACUGUGGAAACGAACUUUAGGUGCAAGCCGUCGCUGUGUGCAUGCAUCUCUCAAACACUUGAGCGAUGCAUUGCGUGAGGAAGAUCAGUCAGACACCGCAGAUGCUGAUGCUGCAUGGACCGAGGCAUCUCAGGCAGAUGUUGAGGCAAACGAGGAGGACAAGACAGAAGACGAAAGAGACGAGAAUGCUGCUUUGAGAGCAGAGCGGGGAGGCAAAGCAGAAUCUAGCACGAGCGGCUUCAUGGAGUGGUACAUGUCAAAGUUUACAGACUCGUUUGCAGAGGAGUUAGAUUCCAUUCGUUCGAAGGAGGAGCUCGACGCAAACGGUGUCAGCCUGCUGGUGGAUGCGAUCAAGUCAGGAGUUGAUGUCAUUCCCAAGGUUGAGAGGUACCUUUGCAUGCCAAGUGAUAGGGCAAAACAAGACUCCUCCUCCUCCAAGUCGACGAAGAAGAUCAAGAAAUCCAAGUGA